AGUAAGUUCAUCGUGCUUGUGAUUCUAAUAAGUCUAACUACUCACAUAUUACUCAACACAGCUGUUGUCAAGACAAAGGUGAUUAGACCUCGUCACUUUUCGUCUUCCACGUCAUCGUCGUCAUCCUCCUCGUCCUCCUCGAGCUUACACGUGGACUCAUUCCCAUUCGAAGCAUCUGUUGCAUUCCAGCCGAAGGAGAGAGAGGAGAAUAACAGGAUGAUGCGUAGACAUAUGAAGGUGCAAAGAGUAGAGUCUCCGUCUGGUGAGGAUAACUACUUCAUAGCCAAAGCUGGUAGUAAACUUGCAUGUGGUGUUGCAGAUGGUGUUGGUGGUUGGGCCGAGUUGGGGUACGAUUCCAGUGCGAUAUCCCGAGAACUGUGCAAUUCUAUGAAGGAGUCAUUCACCAAAGGUGACCAUCUAUCACCUGUUCAGCUCUUGAACCAUGCAUUCGAUAAGAUUCAAAAUGAGGAUAUCGUCAAAGUUGGAGGCACCACUGCUUGCCUGGGGAUCUUUGAAAAGAACACUCUGAAAGUGGCCAAUUUGGGGGACUCUUGGUGUGGUGUGUUCAGACAGGGCUCAUUGAUUGCCGAGACCAAGGUUCAGACACAUGGCUUCAACACUCCAUAUCAGUUGGCGAUCAUUCCAAAUGAGAUAAAAACACAGAAUAAGGGCUCACGGUUCAUCAUGGACCAACCGGACGACGCCGACGAAUAUGAAUUCAACGUUGUAAAAGACGAUAUAGUGAUAUUUGCCACUGACGGUGUCAUUGAUAACAUUGACGUUAAGGACAUUGAACUGUACUUAAAGGACAACGAAAAGACGCCAUUGGAAGAGUUGUCGUCCAAGUUUGUACAGAACGUUUAUACGUUGAGUUUAGACGAGAACUUCCCCUCUGUAUUCUCUCAAGAGUUAUCACAAUUAACUGGGCAGUUCUAUUCUGGUGGUAAGGAGGAUGACAUUACAGUGGUUAUGGUAAAAGUUCAAUAAUGACCAUCAGUUUAUAAUCUUAUACAAUACUGGUGCGGAUUAUCAAUCAUCAUAGUUCGAUUUCAAGAUGUAAUUGUUCAACUUCAUCUUCUCUGUUCUUCUUCUGGAGUCUUCAUUGGCAACGUUGGUGGCAAUUCUGGAGUCCAUUGGAACUGACAAGUUUCGAGUCCCCAUUGAUUUAUCGUUCUUGGUGAUCAGUGUAAAUGUAACUUUAUCAGAAUUUGAUGGUUUAGGUGGUGUUGUCGAUGAAAUAGAAAUGUUCUGAGGAAUGUCAAUCUUCGCUCUAUCUGCCUUAUUGGCGUGCAUGCUUUCAAACACCAUCUUCUUAAAUUCCCUUUCAAGGUCUUGCUCCAGUUUGAGCUCUUCCUCUUCUCUUAAUUUGGCUUCAUACGCUUCGUAGCUAAGCUUGCCUUCGUUUCCUUCAGAGCCGGCUUCCUCUAUCGACCCAACAGAUUCGUUAUCAACCACAUCUCCCAAUUCAUCAAGAUCUU